UACACGUGUGGCUGUAUGUAUCAUAAUAAACCUGAUCUCUACCGUCUACAGAAUUCCCUGGCCCUGCUCUUUCAUCCAGCUACGAUCAAAACUGUGUCCUGGCAACAUAGGAGGAUUAUUCAAGCCCUCAUGAGCCAAGGAGAGCACAGACGAGCCCUCAGAUACUUACAGAUGAUGAAGCCAUCGAUGUCAAGCAGUAGUGAAGUUCGGCUUUUCCUCACCGUGUUGUUGUCCAAUAGGUGCAUGGUGGAGGCCUGGGCUCUGUUGCACCAACACACGACUAAGUUAAAUACGGAAGAGCUGUUAAAGCACAUGUAUGAGCUCUGCCAGGAGAUGGGACUAAUGGAAGACUUGCUGAAGCUGCCUUUCACCGACUCUGAACAGGAGUGUCUGGAGAAGUUUCUGCAGACCCGUGCUGGUGAUCAGAAUCAUGAAUUUCUUCUAGUCCACCGUCUGCAGCGUUCCAAUUAUAUUCCAGCACUGCAGUUGAAUCAGUCAAUGAAGGUUAAUCUUCUGGGUGAUCGUGAUCCUCGCUUGAGAGAGAGAGCAGUUGCCAGAAAUUCUAUAUUAGAACAGUAUGGCAAGAUCCUUCCUAGAGUUCAAAGGAAGCUGGCUUUAGAGAGAGCCAAGCCUUACCACUUGCCUUCCUCAGUCUUAAGAGAAGUUGCAAGACCAAAGCCAUUAUCAACAGUAGCAAAACAAGCUAAUGCAGGACCUGUGCAUACAAGAGCAACUUUCAUCAGUAACGUGUUGUCCAAAAUUGGAGAAGUGUGGGUAGGAAAUGAGCAGAAAACCAGUUUUUUACAGUAUGAUAGCCCUAGAGCUACAGAACCACCAGCACAUCCUCUCCCUGCUGCAGAGUUGCCCGAUGCAUUUGUUGGGACACCAGUUACAAAAUUCUCACAGAAACGUUCCAGAUUGCUGGAUUCGGUGGUUCGUCCUGUUCCUUCGUGUUCUGCAGAGCAGGGUGGUGGCUGGCAGUCAUCAUGCAGAGAUUCUACUUCACUCAUGGCAUCCAGCCCAGUGAAUUCAAAUCCGCAAUGUUCCGCCUUACAGAAGAAGUUUUUAAGAGCAUCAGAGCUGAAUCUGCUAGAGACUCCUCUGGUAGUUAAGGUUUGUGUUCUAAAAGACCAGUAACAACCAACCACAACAAAAGCCUGUAAACGGUCUUCGAAAUGAACCCCCCAAAGUACUAACGCAAACACUGUUGGAUUCAAAGUGUGGAAUCUUUUCAGCA